AUGAUUACGGGUACAGGUAUAUUCAUCGUCUGUCUAUGUAAGGCGAAAAAAAGAAACAAAUGUCCGGUUCGGCCGAUUACCUCAUCGAUGAGAUUGGCCCCCGCAUCCGACGUAAUGAUUGAUAGUACACGAACAGCAGUGGAUAAGGAAGAGAAGAAGAAAAUGAAGGAAAAAGCGGACAAAUCGUUACGAAUAUCAUCGAAAAAGUCGAAAAAAUCGAUAUGGAAGAAGAAAGGGGGUAGUAAGUCAUCGGAUGCCUCACAGAAGGCGUCGAAGAAAUCGAAAAAGUCGAAGAAACGAAGCGAGCGACAGCCGGUUCCGAAGAGACCACAGGUCGGCGCGAUGGAUGACGAUGUCAAGUCAACGCAGAGAUCUGGGAAUAGCGACCCGCGUGGACCACCAAAAACCGCCGCUGCUCUACCACAGGCUAAUAGUGUACAAGCUAAAACACCCAAAAGUUCUCCCAUCGGCACUCUUCCAUCCGCUAAUCCCUCAGACGGUCCAAAAGCACUGUCCCCUGUCAAAUCGAUCCCCAAGACACCUGUCCAAUCACUUCCACUACUAACGCCGGUGCCGGAGAGCGGUCCGUCACCGAGAUCCGCACCAGUCGCCCUGCCGAAUAGUGCAGAAUCCAAGAAUAUCAAGUCGAUGCCGGUGUUUUGA